AAUCAAUAUUUUUAAGUAAAUCAAUACUUUACCCUAAAAGUCCACCCUUUUUGCUACUCAUUCUUUUGUGCCUUUCCUUAGUAGCAAACAGUGGUAGACCUUGCCUCCUUUACCAUGGAUGCGUUACCACCGGGUAUAGAUCUUUCUCAAGUUCCUCUAGCUGCAAACCCAAACGGUGAUCCGCCGAACUUCGUUAAUCCACCUUCUCUCAUUUCUACGGUACAGGCUGUCGGGAUCACCUUAGGCCUAAUUUCCCUCGUCCUGGUUAUUUUGCGGCUCACUGUUUAUCAUCGGACUAAACGUGGAGUUGGCUUUGAUGAUGUAUUUGUUGUCAUGGCAUUCCUGCUCGCUGCUGGUUAUACAGGCAUAUCCUGUAGCCUCAAAGAUGUCACGAGGCAUGCAUGGGAUACACCAAUAAGCUUUCUUGAUGUGGCCUAUCUCAAGAAACUCUUCGUUACUAGCCUAUUUUACGGACCUAUGCUCUUCUUCGCCAAAGCAUCAAUUCUUUUACUUUAUUACCGAGCUUUUCGACCGAUAAAAUGGUUACGUAUCAGUAUAUACGUUAUACUGUUUAUCCUUUUCUGCAGCUAUAUUGUAACGGUGCUUUAGUUGCCAGCAUAUUGACGGUAUCUUAUCGUAUCAGCAUUGUAAGAGGUGGUGAUGCAUCUUGGGCGGGGGCACAAACAUACAUCUGCAUAAGUCUA